AUGGCCAAGCGGAGCAAGUUGCUCUCGGCGCUAGAUGCCCACCAAGGCCGUGAUUUUGCCAAAGAGAAGCAGAAAAAGCUAGCCAAGGCGGCAGAGAAGAAAAAAGGUGGCAAGCAGUCAACAGAGGACGUUGAAAUUGAGGAAGAGCAAAAGGAAGAGAAAGAAACCGACGCCGUUGAGGAGGAAGCCGAAGAGGAAGUAGAAGAAGAAGAUGGAGAAGAAAAUGACGAAGAAGAAGAAGACGACAUAGCUCUCUCCGACCUCUCAGGCGACGAACGUGCCGACGUUAUACCGCACCAGCGACUAACAAUUAACAAUUCCGCCGCCAUUAACUCCUCCAUCAAGCGAAUCUCGUUUUUGACCCCUCAAACCGCUUUUUCAGAGCACAACUCGCUCAUCUCCACCGAUCCAGUCGAUGUGCCCGACGCCAAUGAUGACCUUACACGAGAACUUGCUUUUUACAAAGUCUGCCAAUCGGCCGCUGUGCAAGCUCGCAAGCUUUUGAAAAAGGAAGGCAUCCCGUUCACGCGACCUGCCGAUUACUUUGCCGAAAUGGUCAAGACGGAUGAGGACAUGACCAUGAUCAAGAAGAAGCUGUAUGAUGAGGCAGCCUCGAAGAAGGCGUCGGCCGAUGCUCGUCGUCAGCGGGAUUUGAAAAAGUUUGGCAAGCAAGUUCAGGUUGCCAAGUUGCAGCAGCGCGCCAAGGAGAAGCGGGAUACGUUGGAGAAGAUUAAUAGCUUGAAGAGGAAACGCAAGGGUGACACGUCCGCCACCACCGGUGACGACGAUCUGUUCGACGUCUCAGUUGAAAACAGCAGCAAACCCGACAGCCGCUCCGGCGGUACCUUCUCCAAACGAGCAAAGAAGGACGAAAAACACGGCUUCGGAGGCAAGAAACGGUUUGCCAAGUCUGGCGACGCUGCGUCCUCGUCCGAUCUGCGCAGCUUUUCCGUCAAGAAGAUGAAAGCUGGAGGGAGACCCGGAGGGAAAAGAGCUCCUACCGGCGCGGCGAAGCGUCCUGGAAAGAGUAGGAGGAAUGCAAUGAAAUAA